AUGAAAGAGACAAGACUCGCCCUGCUUUCGGGAUGGAACGAGGCGUCCUUGCGGCUCUUGCAGGUUGUAAAAAUAGAUUCCCGCACAGUUAGCGGACAGAUUCUCGCGAGCUCGCGCCUUCUAGCCCAUCUACAGCACGUCGAGAGCCCGGAGUGCACAACUACACUACAGUACACUCUGGAACCUGCAAAGCAGCAUCCUCCGAUGGCUCGCAGGUGCACAAAGACAAAGCCGGACGCGGUGCAACGACGCCACACCCACAUGUCGGACCUCUUUUCCUCUGUCUCGACCAACAGGUGUCCAGUGCACAUGGGGAAAUCUGAUGCAGCCUUUGCCCCCCCUUCUCGUCGGCCAACAUGCCCAUACCCACCCUUCCGCGCUUCUUCUCGAUCCUACAUAACGUGCCCGUCGGAUCUCGAGUUUGAGCUGCCUUGUUGUCUCAGUCCGAAGGGAAGGCAAGGUAAGAAACGUGGUGGCAUGGUUAGGCUGCAUCGUGUCCGAGAAUGA